AUUGAUCAGCUGGCAACACUCGGUGUCAUUCAAUAAACUUCAUUUGGCGACGUUUGUGAAAGGUUUCUUCAGAUUUUCCAGGAUGGCGGCCGCUAAUAAACUUACAAUUUUGACCCGAACCUUCUGUUCUCAAACUAAAUCUGUGAAGCCACCAAUUCAAGUAUUCGGUCUUGAAGGUCGCUAUGCCACAUCCCUAUACUCAGCUGCCUCAAAGUUGAAGCAGUUGGAUCAGGUGGAAAAGGAUCUGAAUGCCCUGCAAGCAGCUUUGAAAAGCAACGUUUCGCUUCGUAUGGCUGUCACCAAUCCAAUUAUCAACAAAAAGCUUAUGGCGAACACACUUAAGGAGACGGCCGGUAAGUUAAAGAUGGCACCAGCAACUGCCAACCUUCUGGGACUUUUGGCUGAUAAUGGGCGCUUGAAAAACAUUGACACUGUUAUAAGUGCAUACAAAACUAUUAUGGCUGCCCAUCGUGGAGAAGUUGUGUGUGAAGUUGUCACUGCCAAGCCUUUGGACUCGUCACAGAACAAACAGUUGGAAUCAGCACUUAGGUCUUUCCUGAAGGGUAACCAACAAUUAAAAAUUACAUCUCGUGUAGACCCUAGCAUUAUUGGUGGUUUGAUCGUAUCUAUUGGCGACAAAUACGUUGAUAUGAGCAUUGCCACCAAAGUCAAGUUGUACACAGAUGUGAUUUCUUCAUCGGCUUAAGAUAAAAGUUAAGUAGCAACGAGUGAAUACAACAGAAAAUGCUAUGUCGAAAAUAAUAUAUUAAAACAAAGUGUUAAUACAAAGUAAAAAGUAAAGGCUUUUAUCUUUUACUCUAUAAUAAAACUCUAUGACCGUCGGGUCUAUACAUUCGAA